AUGGAAGCACACAGUCCUUGGAAAGUAACCGGUGAAGUUGCUCGACUCAGUCCGGCCAACAACUACUCAGCAGAACUCACGCUUUCACGUCCUGCAGAAGGGCUUCAAGUCGCGCUCGACCAGUCUGCGACGUUGCAAGUUUUAGGCGUUUGCAUCGAAGACAACGCCAAGCCUGCAGACCAGAAGCCGGUCGAUGCCUACACCCGUGGAAGCGAUCUUGUCGCGACCUAUCCCAAGUCUUCGCAGGGCGUGCGGACACAGAUUUACUGGCACGUCGAAGCAAGCGAACUCACCUCGUCCAUCGCUCCGGAAAUCGACCUCUGGGUUUCCGCUCAGACUGAUCUACUCGACUGCCAACCAACCCUGCACGUGCAAUCGCAGGUAACCGCUAGCGAAGUGUUUGAAUGCCUCGGCACCGACCCAGCGAAUUAUCGUCCGCUGCGAUCACAGGCCGAACUCACGCUCGCCCCGCCCGAACAUCGCUGCGUCCAAGGUCUCAUCUUCCGCUUGCCGGGUAACGUGACCUACGCCCAACUGCUUCAUCCCAGCGACGUCCUCAUCCGCGAGGAACAAAACGACGCGACCUCGGCCCAGACAUCACUGGUAGCCGAUCCCGUCGGUGAGCAGACCCGGUACACCUGCAAAAGCCAGCUCUUCUUCGAGAGCCUGGAAAAAGGGGUGAUCCGCCGUGCCCGCGUCCGUGGAGUCUUCGUGGCCCGCGAGAACGACCUGGAAGCCGUGGCCGCAUCUGCCCGUCGUCUCGUGGAGCAAAAGCUCCCGCUGACCACGCCGUGGGGAGCGAAGGGCCCAGUCCAUUCCUCGCGGGAUAUGUCGAACCAUCUAACUGAAGUGCUCCAGCGGCCGUUCAACCCCACGAUCUUCGUGGUGGGCGACGUCAUUCUCGACCGUUAUCACUGGGGGAACGUCGAUCGCAUCAGCCCCGAGGCCCCCAUCCCUCUGCUCCGCGUCGACCGCCACGAACAACGCCUCGGCGGAGCCGGCAGCGUGGUUUCGAUGCUGGCCGCACUCGAGGUCAACGUCCGCCUGGCCACCGUGCUGGGCAAUGAUGAAGCCGCCACACGCGUGAUGGAGUUGUUAAACGACCUAGGGGUCGAAGCCUCGGCCGUGCUCACCGACAACAACCGCCCCACCACGGUCAAAGAACGCUUCCUCGGUCGUGCACAGAGCCGGCAUCCACAGCAGAUGAUUCGCAUCGACCACGAGGAAGAUGCCCCGCUCAACGAGUCGCUCAGCUCGCAGAUGAUCGAGCAAAUCACCUCGCACCUCGAAGGCGUCGAUGUGGUUCUGGUCAGCGACUACAACAAAGGCGUCUGUGCCGGCGAGAUCAUUCCCGCCAUCGUCGCUGCGGCAGAAAAGAAGAACAUCCCGGUCAUCGCCGACCCGAUUCGCGGAGGAGACUACAGCCGCUACAAAGGUUGCGCCUGCAUCACCCCUAAUCGUCUCGAAGCCAGCCUGGCCCUAGGACGAAAGAUCGAAACGCCCGAGGCCGGCAUCGAAGCGGCCCAAGACCUCCUCAAGUUCGGCGUACACUCGGCCAUCGUAACCCUCGACCGCGACGGCAUGGCCUGGGCCCGAGAAGACGGCACCCACGGCAUCAGCCCCAUCAAGCCACGCGAGGUCUACGACAUCACCGGCGCCGGCGACAUGGUGCUCAGCAUCAUUGGCUACAGCGUGGCCGCAGGUCUGGAGGCUAGCCAGAUCGUCGAGUUGGCCAACCUGGCCGGAGGUCUUGAAGUCGAACGGCUCGGUGUCGUCCCCCUCACCCGCAAGGAGCUGCUCGAAGAGCUGCACGGCAACGAGCCCAUGCGGCAUCUGAAGGCCCUCGCCUGUGACGAUCUACUGGAAGAACUCCGCAAACGCCGCCAGAAGGGCGAGCGGAUCGUCAUGACCAACGGGUGCUUCGACCUCAUCCACCCAGGGCAUGUCGCCUCGCUGCAAGAAGCCCGGGCUUUGGGCGAUUGCCUCGUAGUGGGACUCAACAGCGACGUCAGCGUCCGCCAGCUCAAAGGCCCCCAACGCCCUGUGAUCGAUGAAGAAGGUCGGGCCGCCAUGCUCACGGCCCUGGAAUGUGUCGAUUACGUCGUUUUGUUCGACGAAGUUAGCGUUGAACCCCUGGUUCAGCGUAUUAUGCCCGAUGUGUUGGCCAAGGCGGCGCAGUACGCUCCGCAUCAGGUGGUGGGCUAUCAAAUCGUACAAGCCAACGGUGGGGAGGUCGUUUGCACCAAGAUGCACAACGAGUACUCAACCACCUCCAUCAUUCAGGGCAUCCAACAACUCGCCGCUGAACUGGCCGCGGACAAUUCGAAAUAA